AUGCUGCCAACGUUUGCAUCGUAUGGAAGUGACACGGACAGUGAUACACAAACGCUGACGCGGCCGCUGCUCGUCAAGACCAAGAAGGCGCGUGCGGGACUUGCCCUGUUGAGCGCCACGCUCGUCAUGACCAGCGGCGCCGGCGUGUACGGCAUGUUCGACGCCACGGCCAUGUGUCAAGCGGAAGGCGGCGCAGUUUUGGAAUCCACGACAAACUUGGCGGCGAUCUUGCCACGUCCUUCCACGACAGAGCAGCAGCCCCGACAGCUUGUCGAUCGAUGGAACGAGACGCAGCAACUCUUUGACCGCAUCGACGUGGACGGCAGCGGCGCCGUGAACUUGACCGAGUUGGUGGCCUUCCUGGAACGCGAGCGCGACAACACGAUCCACGCGAUGGACGCAGCGACAUCGACUGCCAUCCAACGCAUCAAGGACGAAUACUUUUAUCGAGCGCAGUGUGUCGCGGACGGCUUCAACGCGAUGGUACAGCACGCGACCGAGUCGGUGGGAUCGCCGGACGAACUCGCCCUCGUGGUCCGGUGGGUCCAACAGCACUGCAGCGCCUUUUUUCCCGAACUCGCGACCAUCCCUACCACCACCACGACGACUACGAUAGCGCCCACGUCCAAGGAAGAAGAUGGCACGCUCUUCAGCCGAGACGACGUCGUUGCGUUCGUCAAGAACAAGACGUCGUCGACGUUCUUUUUGCAAUGCACGGUGGACGCCCUCGACCAGUUCCCUUCCACGAAACAGUUUACACGCCAGGACAUGGACAGCAUCCUGCACGUGGUGCUGAAGUGCUUGAGCUCGUGGUUCCUCCACUGCAAACACGCCGCACGACUGUAUUUUGGCACGAACGGGUGA